CGCCAUUUUGGUGGGGCCGGGAAUUAUCCAGCGGGAGCGGCGGAGCUCGCUGGGCCCGGCUCGGAGGCAGCGGCGAGCGGGUGCCGGCUGCGGAGAUGGCCAACAUCGCGGUGCAGAGGAUCAAGCGGGAGUUCAAGGAGGUGUUGAAGAGCGAGGAGACGAGCAAAAAUCAAAUUAAAGUAGAUCUUGUAGAUGAAAAUUUUACAGAAUUAAGAGGAGAAAUAGCAGGACCUCCGGACACACCAUAUGAAGGAGGGAGAUAUCAACUAGAGAUAAAAAUCCCAGAAACAUAUCCCUUCAAUCCUCCUAAGGUGCGGUUUAUUACCAAAAUAUGGCAUCCUAACAUUAGCUCGGUCACUGGGGCCAUUUGUUUGGAUAUCCUGAAAGAUCAAUGGGCAGCAGCAAUGACUCUAAGGACAGUGUUGUUAUCAUUGCAAGCACUGUUGGCAGCUGCAGAACCAGACGAUCCACAAGAUGCAGUAGUGGCAAAUCAGUACAAACAAAACCCAGAAAUGUUCAAACAGACAGCUCGACUUUGGGCACAUGUGUAUGCUGGAGCACCAGUGUCUAGUCCAGAAUACACCAAAAAGAUAGAAAACCUUUGUGCUAUGGGCUUUGAUAGGAAUGCAGUAAUAGUGGCCUUGUCUUCAAAAUCAUGGGAUGUAGAGACUGCAACAGAAUUACUUCUGAGUAACUGAGCCAUUUAAAGAGCUGCUUCUGUAGUCCAGCUUUCCCUUUCUGAGGAGCAUCACCAUCUGUUAUUUUUAGGAUUCUAUAUAGAUUCUCUUUUAAAACUGGCACUCUUGCCUGACGAUGCUAUCUAAGCACUAUUGGAGACUGAAAAACCGCUCUGUAAAUAAAGCUAAUUAAACGUCUGUGUAAAUUUAAAAGGGAAAAUACUUUAAUUUUUUCUUACUAAAUAUUGUAAAAAUUCUUUGAGCUCAGCUAAAACAAUGUGGGGGAAACAUGCCUACUUUAGUGUUUAGCAGUGUGACCAAGCCUAGCAGGAAUCUGCUUCAGGAUUUUGAUUUAAUUAUUCAGAUAACAUUUUUGAGUGUCAAAGUCAUCAAAAUUGUUGGUGUCACUCAUCACAGCUAUCUUACUGUUUUUAACAUGGAUCCUAUGUGCCUGUGGAUUGACCUAUAUUUGCAUGCUUGUACUUUACUAGAUAUUUUAGAUAGGGUAGCUGAAGAGAGCACCAUUUAAGUACUUGAAUGUUCUUGUUAACUUUUUUCCUGAAAGUCGUUUCAAGAUUUACCCAAAGUUCAAAAUGGUGACCUGUUCAGAACCUCUUUCUUAGUCAGGUGACUGGGAAAUCUGCUUAUCUGCCCUCCCCAACAACACAAACCUAAAAUACCAUUCUGGAUUCCUUUCCAUAAUCUGUGGGUCUGGGUGCCAUUAAUAGUAGCUUAGUUACCACUUUAAAUGGUAUAUUUUGAAUAACCAGUAAAUGUGUUUAACCAUCAUACUUGCUAUACAAUCAUAUAUAAAGGUUUGGUAUGUUUGGACAUAGCACAAAAAAGUGGUGCUGCUUUUUGGUGGGGGGUAUAUUGAAGUCAGAACUCCUUCAAUAAAUUUGGAUAAUAUGAAUUCACUGGAUUUGGGGGAAGAACUGAUUCUCUGGUAUACUGAGAAUUUAAGGAAAAAAAUUUCAAUUUUUUUUUUUUUUUUUUUUGAGUACUUGCUAUGAUGCAAUCAGCUGUUUUUUGCAACAGCUUUCUAGCUUUAUUUUGAGCUUCAGUGUAAGGAUUGCUUACCGGGUACUUUAAAAAUUCACUCUCUGCAUUUUUCCCUAGUUGAUACAUGGAGGCUGUGUUGGUAUUUUUACUGUACAUACUUCAAAUGCACAUAGAAGUAGAAGUGUGUUCUCAGUUUAACUUUCUUUUGGAUUGAUGUUUCUGAUAAACGAAAACUGAAAUUACCUUCUCUUGUACAUACUCAGUCUUUCUAUUCGUAUUAAAAUUACAUUUCAUCCUGA